UCUCCCGCCGGCUGCACCGCAGCGGUUCUUCGUCCUCCAGGCUCCGCGCUCGGACUUCCCGUGCCCAAGGGACGCCGUCCGCAUGGCCGCCAUCAAGGCACUGCAGCAGUGGUGUGGGCAGCAGUGUGAGGGCUACCGGGACGUGAGCAUCACCAAUAUGACCACGUCGUUCCGCGACGGCCUGGCCUUCUGCGCCAUCCUGCACCGCCACCGGCCCGACCUCAUAAACUUCGACGCCCUCAGGAAGGAAAACGUCUACGAGAACAACAAGCUGGCCUUCCUGGUGGCGGAGGAGCAGCUGGGCAUCCCGGCCCUGCUGGACGCCGAGGACAUGGUGGCCCUGAAGGUGCCGGACCGGCUGAGCAUCCUGACCUACGUGUCCCAGUACUACAACUACUUCCACGGACGCUCCCCCAUCGGGGGCCUGGCUGGCAUCAAGAGGCCCCAGUCCGAUUCCGAGGAGGAACCCUCGGGGAAGAAAGUCCCACCCCAGCCGGCCAGGCCCUUGCCGGCCCCGGCCCGGGGGCAGCCGCUGUCUCCCAUCAGCACCAACGCCACCGGCCAGCAGAAGGGUGGGGGCGCAGAGGGAGCACCGCCGAAGGCUGGCCAGGCCUCGGCGGGUGGCCGGGUCAGCAGCACCUGCGCGGUCUGCGGCCAGCACGUGCACCUGGUGCAGCGGCACCUGGCUGACGGGAAGCUGUACCAUCGGAGCUGCUUCAGGUGCAAGCAGUGCUCCAACACCCUGCGCCCGGGGGCCUACCGGACCACGGCGGAGCCGGGCGUCUUCAUCUGUUCCAGCCACCACCCCACGGCCCCCGGCCCAGCCCCCAGACAGCCGGGGGCCGCCCCCACGGACUCCAAACCCCUCAGCACCCCGCAGACAGCCCAGGAGGCAGGGGGGUGGAGAGACGCAGGGCCAGGGGCCAGACCCGCAGCCCGGGAUCUUGUGGUGGGCAACUCCACGGCCAAAGGCUUGGUUCCCGCUGUGGCUAACCCUCCAGCCAGCACCCCCUCCCAUGUCCCCUCGGGGAGCCCCUGUCCUGCUGUGACCCGGAGUGCCCCAGACCCUCGCCUGGCCACACAAGGCUCCUCAGCCCCCCAGACCAAGCUCAGUCCGAGCCCAGCGUCCGCCAGCCCCACGGGUGCCCCGGCCUGGACCCCGUCGGCCUCCAGGACGCAGCAGGCCCGGGAGAGGUUCCUGCAGACACCCGGAGCCCCGCCCAGCCCCGGGCCAGCAGACACGCCCGCCGCGGUCAGCCACAGGGAGCAGGCGCUGAGCUGCCUCCGCAAGGCCCUCCCAAGGCUCGAGGGGGCCAGCGCUCCGGCGCCGGGCAGGCCCUCCCCUGCUCCGAGCGGCCUUCCCAGAGCCGAAGGGCCACGAGCAAGGCCACCCACCGAGCUGCCACUGUCAGCGUCCCCCCAUGCCCUCAGCCCCCCAGUAAAGACGGCGCCACCAGCCCCACUGAGUGGGAGCACUACCUCAGGGGCAUCCACGCCGCCCCAGGCGGGCAGGAAGAGCUCAGCUGUGUCCUCAGGGGUUGGCGGGGCAGGUGCCGGCUCCAGGCUGAAGCCAGAGGCCCCACUGGCAAAGGGCCCAAGAGCCAGCACCCCAGAAGGCCAGGAGGAGGGGCCGGCAGGGUGGAGGGGCCGCCUGAGGCCCGUGGAGAAGAGGAGCCCAGCCGAGAGGGCCCCCGAGCUGGCGCAGCCGCGGGUCCCGGGGGAGCCGAGGGCAGGGGAUGCCCCCCAGAAGGUCCCCGGGAGCGCCGAGGGCGGUGUCCGCAUCACCCUGACCCCGGUGCGUCUGGACAGGUCGCCGGGCCCCACUGGCCCGCAGCCCAGCCUCCCAGCCCCGGCCCCCUCCCCGGCCCCCUCCCCAGCCCGCCGCAAGAAGCUGUUCGUCCCUGCCAACCUGGACAUCACUGGUGACCGGCUUCAGCCCAAACCCUGGGGGCAGGAAGCCCCGGCCCAGAGCGGGAAGGACGGGGAGAAGCCUUCUCCUGACGACAGACCAGGGAAGGCCCUGGGCCGGGCCGACGCCCCCGCUGCACCCGGCAGGGCAGCGGCCUCCCCGGUCAGGCUGCACCCAGACCACGUGCCCCAGGAGGAGAUCCAGCGGCAGGUGCAGCAGAUCCAGCGGCAGCUGGACGUCCUGGAGCUCAGGGGCGUGGACCUGGAGAGGCGCCUGCGGGAGGCCGAGGGGGACGCCUCGGAGGACGCGCUCAUGGUGGACUGGUUCCGGCUCAUCCACGAGAAGCAGCUGCUGCUGCGGCUGGAGUCGGAGCUGAUGUACAAGUCCAGGGACCAGCACCUGGAGGAGCAGCAGCUGGACCUCGAGGGGGAGCUGCGCCAGCUGUUGAACAUGCCCGAGGGCCUGAAGUCACCCCAGGACCGGCAGCGGGAGGAGGAUCUGCUGAAGCAGUACGUGAGCACCGUGAACCACCGCAGCGACAUCGUCGACUGCCUGGAUGAGGACCGGCUCCGGGAGCAAGAGGAGGACCAGGAGCUGGAGAGCAUGAUCCAGAAGCUGGACCUCCAGAGGAAGAAGUCCAAGAAGUCCAAGAUCCGCUGGUCCUUUAGGGGCAGAAACAGGACCCCGGAGUGAGACGCCUGGCGGCUGCAGGACCCUGGCCCCAGGGCCGGGCUGGGCGGGCACCGUGGGGUGGCCCUGGACCACCCUCUGUGGGGUCCGAGUGGCCUCAAUAAAGAAACGGACCAUGUG